AUGAGCGAACUAGUGGGUGAUACUAACUUGGCAGUUACUGGGAUUCGCGCUACUGGACCAAGUUCAAAGAAACUUCGAGCAAAGCAAGACCACCUCACUGCGGAGGAGUUGGCCCUUGAUGAUUCUGACAAAGAGGAACUUCGGGAAAAAGAAGAUCAUGUCAGAGGAGCAGAGAUGAUAAUUGAUGAUUCUGACGAGGAAGGUCUUCCUUUGUUUGACCCUCACAGCACCAAGCCUAUUGAUCAACCUGAGACUAUCAUCGAGCAAGAUGAAGAUCGAAUUUCCAGUCCCGAUGCGACCUCCAAGAUCAAGGGUAAAUCUCCUCAGUAUCCGAAAUCCACUCAGAUCCCUGCUCACGAUCCUCCUAGCCAAUCCAAACCCAAGGUUGGUCCUCGCACCCGUCCAGCCAGCAAAGCCAAUAUUGCAACUGCUCUCAAUAACGCCGCUAGUCAUGGCCAAGCCCGGAUGAACAGUGCAUUACAGCGUGAGAAGAUCCGUGCCAGAUCAUCAGCUGCUCAUGAUGCUCGCAAGGCCACCCGUGCUCAAGAAGCAGCCCGACUCGAGCAAGAAUCUUUAGCCCUCAAGCAAUCUGCAACUCCUUCGUUAAAACAAGCCAUGGAGAUUUUUAAAGCAGAUGCCACAAUCCAAUCACAAGAUGACAAGAGUCGACUUGCGGGCUCAAAAGUCUUACGCACCGAAGAUAAUUGUGCAUUCUUCAUUCAAUUAGAAGACAAGCUACGUUGGCCCUGGAUUUUAGAAGAGAUCGAACUUUCCACUCAGAAAUGA